AUGUACUUCAAGAAUGGCCAAUUUGAUGCCCCCCGUCAGCUGUUCGGUGAAAUUUCCAAAAGGGAUGUGGUUUUGUUUACUGCCAUGAUUUGUGGCUUCUCACAAAACGGGGUUGGGGGUGAAGCCUUGUAUUUCUUUUCUGAAAUGUUGGAAGAGGGGAUGAGACCCAACAGCAUAACCAUGACUAGUGCAUUGUCAGCUUGCUCACGACCAAGGGACUAUGCUUUAGGCAGGAUUCUUCAUGGGGCUUCUUUGAGAAAUGGCCUUCUUGAGAAGGCUGAUAUGAUACUGGAGACUUCAUUGUUAGACAUGUAUGCAAAAUGUGGAAACUUGUGCCAUGCUAAGAGAGUCUUUGAUAGAAUGAGUGAAAGAAACUCGAUUUCAUGGAAUUCAAUCAUCAAUGCCUACUUUUUGAAUGGGUCAUUCGAGGUUGCUCUUGAUCUGUUCAAGGGCAUGCUUUCGGAAGGUUGGCGGCAUCCCAGAUCUUCUACAAUUGCUGCAGUGCUGAAUAUAUGUGGGGUAACAACAGACCUGCACAAAGGGAAAGAGAUACAUGGAUAUGUUCUUAAAUGCAUUGGUGACAGCAGCGAACAAGAGUGCUUGAUAAUGUAUAAUGCUAUUAUCGACAUGUAUGUUAAGACUGGAGAUAUGGAAUCUGCUAUAUCACUUUUCAGGAGGACAGAAAAAAGAAAUGUGGUGACUUGGACGAUUAUGAUUGCUGGCUAUGGUGCACAUGGAUUGAGUAGAAAAGCUCUAGAGACAUUCAAUGACAUGAAGAAAUCAGGAAUUAGGCCAGAUGGAGUCUCCUUUGUUUCCAUCCUGUCAGCCUGCAGCCAUGGUGGGCUAGUUGAUGAAGGUCAGCAACUGUAUUAUUCAAUGCAACGAGAUUAUAAUAUUGUUCCAGAGAUGAUGCAUUUUGUCUGUAUAGUGGAUCUAUACGGACGAGCAGGGCUUCUCGAUGAAGCACAUGACUUUAUAAAGACAAUGCCAGUUGAACCGUCCAAGAUUGUUUGGGGAUCACUUCUUUCGUCGUGCAGGAAUCACAAAAACGUUGUGUUGGGGGAGUAUGCAGCCAAAAAAGCCUUAGAGUUAGACCAGCAUGAUGUUGGUAACUAUUUGUUAUUGUCUCGGCUCUAUGCUGAUGCAGGACGGUGGGAGGAUUUUGCUAAGAUCAGGUCACUCAUGAAGGAGGUGGGAUUAAGGGCAACAACUGCAUGUAGUUGGGUAGAAUUGAGGGGCAAGGUGUACAGGUUUACCGUUGGUGAUCACCUAAAGACAUGCUCUGAAAAGAUCUAUGAGUUCUUGGAGACAUUAGUUUGGACCAUGGAGAAAGCUGGCUUUGUGCGGGAUACAUCAGACGUAGGUCAUAAAAUUAAUGAGGAAGCAAAGGUAAAUGAUUUAUGUGCUCAUACAGAGAAGCUGGCUCUUGGUUUUGUAUUGAUGCAUUUCCAAGAUGAAAGACUGAUCCGCAUAGGUAAGAACCUUCGAGUCUGUAGAGAUUGCCAUGAAGCUUUCAAAUUCAUAUCAUUGAUUUGCGAUAAAGAAAUCAUCCUGAAGGAUCCAAAUCGAUAUCAUCGGUUUGUGCAAGGCUGUUGUUCUUGUCAUGAUUUCUGGUAA